UGUUGGAGCGCACGUUCAUCUUUGGGGUGGAGACACUGCGGGAGCCAAAAGGGAAGAAAUGUGAAGCGUAAAAAAAGUUACACUCCUCGUAGAUUCUCUCGUCUCCAGUCUGCGUUACUCUCUCCAAAUGCUCACUGCUUCAGAGCGCGCUCCCUGCUCCGGCUCACCGUGGCGGACCGCGGCCUGAAAGGGGACUUCCCGGAUCCGACAGCACAGCGAACCGACCCAGUGACUUUUCUCUGACUUUGGGGAGGUUUUUACGCACAGCGCAGGAUGCAGGCGCGCUACUCCGUCUCCAGUCCCAACUCUCUGGGAGUCGUACCCUACAUCAGCAGCGAGCAGAGCUACUACCGGGCCGGCGGUGGGUACACCGGGAUGCCUCCGCCGAUGAGCAUGUACUCGCACCCGGCGCACGACCAGUACCCGGCCGGGAUGGCCCGUGCGUACGGACCGUACACCCCGCAGCACCAGCCGAAGGACAUGGUGAAGCCGCCGUACAGCUACAUCGCGCUCAUCACCAUGGCCAUCCAGAACUCACCUGAGAAGAAAAUCACCCUGAACGGGAUUUAUCAGUUCAUCAUGGAGCGGUUCCCCUUCUACCGGGACAACAAGCAGGGCUGGCAGAACAGCAUUCGGCACAACCUGUCCCUCAACGAGUGCUUCGUCAAAGUGCCCCGGGACGACAAGAAGCCCGGUAAGGGCAGCUACUGGACCCUCGACCCGGACUCCUACAACAUGUUCGAGAACGGCAGCUUCCUGCGGCGCCGCAGGAGGUUCAAGAAGAAGGACGUACAGAGGGAGAAGGAGGACCGGGACCGGCAGAGCAAGGACCCCGCGGCCCGCAGCACCGGCCGGGAUCAGGACCCGCCGGGGCAGGCCUCUCAGCCGGUGCGGAUCCAGGAUAUAAAGACUGAAAAUGGGACCUCCACGCCGCCUCAGGCCGCGUCCCCCACGCUGGGCGCCGUCCCCAAGAUCGAGAGCCCUGACAGCAGCAGCAGCAUGUCCUCGGGCAGCCCGCACAGCGUCCCGUCCAGCCGGUCCCUCAGCAUGGAGGGACCCGAGCACCACCACCACGGCCAGGCCCCGGCGCAGGGCUUCAGCGUGGAUACCAUCAUGACCUCGUUGCGGGGCUCCCCGCAGGCCGAGCUCUCCCCGCCUCUCAUCGCCUCCUCGCGGACAGGUAUGGCCGCCUCGCUGCCCAUCAGCUACUCCCCGAGCCAGACGCCGGCGUACAGCUCUGCGCCCUGCAGCCAGAACUCCACCACCUCCAACGCCACGUACCACUGCAACAUGCAGGCCAUGAGCCUGUACGCGGGGGACCGGUCCUCCGGGGCGCACCUGGCGCCCUCCACCACCGUGGACGAGGCUCUGCCCGACUACUGCAUCACCACGACCACCGCGUCCCCCCUCGGGCACGGGAACCUGAGCCAGGCGGGCCAGGAGGGCCACCACGCGCACCAGGGCCGGCUCGCGUCCUGGUACGGGGACCUGAGCCACCUGGGCCCGGGUUACCCGGCGCAGCAGCAGAACUUCCACUCGGUGCGGGAGAUGUUCGAGUCCCAGCGGAUCGGGCUGAACGGCUCCCCGGUCAACGGGAACAAUAGCUGUCAGAUGGCCUUCCCGUCCGGACAGUCCCUGUACCGCACCUCAGGAGCCUUUGUUUAUGACUGCAGCAAGUUCUGAAAGCCUGUCAAAGUAAUAACUCUAAUAUAUAUUUUCCAUAUUUUUUUUCUACCUUUGGUCUUUUAUUCACACUCCGAAUGGACAAAAGUGAUUCUGACCUUUUUUUUUCUCGAGAGAGAGAGAGCUGUGUAACACCAAAACACGUAAGUUUCCUUCCCUCUCACUUUGAGAAUUGUUGAUAU